UACAAACAGGGUCGCGUGCGUGCUGUCUGAUAUGCAUAACGAAUCACAUCUGAGCAUAAGUAAGCAUUUUGGCCUGAUUCGCGUCAUCGCGCGAUAAUUCUGAACGAACGUAAUAGUUUGAUACCGCUAAAAUCAGUGUUUCGAUAAUUAACAGUGGGUGAUUUCUAUGUUAAAAUAGUGACAAAAACAGUGCAAAGUGUACGAACACGAGGACAGUGUGGACGAGAGGCCCUUACAGGGCAUGGCGGCCACCACAUAUCUUCCGGCGAGCAGUGCAGUUACGACAGACCUCGAAGGAAACGUCGUCGGAAUGAAUAUUGUUGGAGGAUAUCACUCUAGUGCCUCUCCGAGGUCAGCCGCCGACGCAAACGAAAUGAAAUACCUGCCGCAACACCACCAUAAUCAUCACCAUCAUAUGGCGAGUUCGCCGUCGCCCAGCGGGCAUACGGCGGUUUCGUUAUCGGCGAAUCCGUGGGUGAGUUUGCAACCGGGAGCCGAUCCGUGGACCGCUUCCAUGGGGAUGCAUCACGCACACCAUCACCACCAUCAGGACGUCAAACCUUUAUCCCAACCGGCCGAAAUGAUGCAUCAUCAGCGGCAGCAACAACAAAGUAUGGGAUCGCCUCACGGCUGGCACGGACCCGUCUCGUCGGCGCACUAUAAUCCAGGAGGCGCCGGAUCUCCCCUUCAGCAGUACCACGCUGCCAUGAACGGUAUGUUAGCUCAUCAUCAAGCGGCACCCCAACUCCACCACCCUUUGCAUAGAGAUAUGCAAAGUCCUCACCACCCGCAACACUCGGAAAGAGACGUUAGCGGAGGAGAAGACGAAACGCCUACGAGCGAUGACUUAGAAGCCUUUGCAAAGCAAUUUAAACAACGACGUAUCAAAUUGGGAUUCACGCAAGCGGACGUCGGGUUAGCAUUAGGAACACUUUAUGGUAAUGUCUUUUCCCAGACAACAAUAUGUAGGUUUGAAGCUUUGCAGCUUAGUUUUAAAAAUAUGUGCAAAUUAAAACCGUUACUCCAAAAAUGGCUGGAAGAAGCCGACUCGACAACGGGGUCGCCCACGUCCAUAGAUAAAAUUGCGGCGCAAGGGAGGAAGAGAAAAAAACGCACUAGUAUAGAAGUCUCGGUAAAAGGUGCUCUAGAGCAACAUUUUCACAAACAACCAAAACCCUCCGCUCAAGAAAUAACGUCGCUGGCAGAUAGUUUGCAAUUAGAAAAAGAAGUCGUCCGGGUAUGGUUUUGCAAUAGGAGGCAGAAAGAAAAGAGAAUGACGCCUCCGAAUACGUUAGGCGGUGAUAUGAUGGAUAUGCCUCCCGGAAGCCACAUGCACCCCAGUUACGGCCACCACCAGGACAUGCACGGAUCUCCGAUGGGCCAGCAUUCCCAUUCCCACAGUCCACCGAUGUUGUCUCCCCAAAGUAUGGGUCACCAGUUGACGGCCCACUAGCAUCCGGCCCACUGGGCCUCUCUUCUCCACAACAGUGACAACGGCUAGUGAUAAUAUCUGUUAAGAUGCGCUCGUCGCCGGUUUCCGUCGGCUUUUAAAACUUUCUUCACGCUACCUCAAAGCCAUGGCUGGAUUCUUAUGUCCUACUUCCAAGUCGUUGAGGAGGUCCUAGUGGAACUAUGAAUUGGACGACUAGACUGUUAUUAUAAAUUAUAAUGCACUGUACAGUGAGAGUGAGUACCUUUAGACUAGAAAGGAUCGCGGUUAUUCUGUAUCUGUAUAUUUGUUGUAAAUAAAAGAGUGAUAAAGUUGCCCAAAACGAGUAGCUGUGUAUUAUAAUUAUAGGUAAAAGCUGCUACGUUGUACAUAAAGAUUUUAACUACCGGUCCAACAAUAGAAGAAUCGUGAUUUAUACCUUAAAACACACACCGAAAUGGUUGACGAUAAAACAAAUUAAUAUUAUAAGUUUUUAAUGUACAGUAUGUCCUGUUUAUAAAAGUUGUUCUUAUGUUGUUAUUAUUUUGGUUCGAGUGUCGUACAGUUAAAUAAUUAAUUUUUCUACAAUCCGUACUGUAGUUAUUGAAAAAAAAAAAAAAAUAAUCAAGGAUUUAUUUCAUGUGUAUAUUAAUUAUAAUAAUUAUAUCGUUGUACGGUGUGACAUUAAAUCGAUUUCGUUUUUAAAAUGUCUUAUGAUUUCUCUAACCACCUCAAUCAACUCCUUCUUGAGGUGACGAAAAACAUUACUAAAUAUAAACAAUUGGUCGCGGUAGCUACUCUUUUUAAAAUGGGC